GUCCCAAGCUUGAAAGGCCCACCUACCUGAAAAAGCGAACGCUAGCUUUUCUUUCUCUUUCACUUCUAAAAAACAGCAAGCUAUCAUAGCCAGACUUUCGCACUUCCCCGCUUUAAGCUCAUAGCAUUCCUGAGAAGAGAAAUGGCAGAGGCCUUCUCCGUGGCUGCCAGUGGCUUGGCUCUCAUUCACCUCAGCGCGAAGGUUUUCGAACUCUGCUAUGACUACUACGACACUGUCAAGGGGAGCCAACAAGAUUUCAAGAAACUGGGGGACGAGAUUAAAAGUAUCCACCAGCAGCUGGAGGAAAUCCGAAGCCUUGCCGCCGGAGACGAUGAGAACGACCCACAAUACCCUGGCCUUCUUGAAUGGACAAAAAAUGAAAGUUUGAAAGAUUACAAGACCGCGCUGGAGGAGCUGGAGGAAAAGUUAGAUGUCCCGGAAUGGAGGAAAUCCACGAGAAAAUAUGUUUGCCCUUUUCGUAAACCCAAAAUGGAGCAUUACCUAGGCUUGGUUGAAGAGCAGAGAUCCAAACUUCAUCUUUUAUUAACCGCAGCCACAACGUAAGUUAUCCAUUCUUUAGCACCCGGAGAAUCUAGCUUCUCGACUUCCUUUAUUGCUCUAGCGGCGGGGCUAACUAGCAGUAUAGGAGGACGGUAACUAAGGUGUUACGAAAACUAGAUGGUACUUGGUCGCAUUAUUCCUAAUCCGGUUAAUUAUCUUCUCUACUAAUAUUAGAUAUUUCGGAUACUCUAGACAAAGAAUUCCGGGAGGUGUUGAAAUGGCUUAACGUCGUUGAUCCAGCCUCGAAUUAUUCAUCUGCAAUCGCUCUUCGUGAGCCUGGUACGGGUAAUUGGCUGAUCAAGGGAUCUGAGUACCGGGAUUGGAAGGAAGGCAGAGGAGGGGUUCUCUGGCUUCAUGGUAUACGUAAGUGUACAAACGAGUGAAAUCCCGUGUUCGAAAAAUGUCACUAACCCAUGCGUCUUGUAGCCGGGUGUGGCAAAAGUGUCCUAAGGUGCGAACUUAACAAGUUAUCCGGAGGCGCAACAUUAUUUUUAGAUUGCUAACUCUCUCUAGCGCUACUGCCAUUGAAGAUGUCAAAAAUCUGUGCAACUCGAAAGACGAUCACACAUUAGCCUACUUCUACUUUACUUUCAGUGACUCGGAGAAGCAUAAUUUUCUCGAUAUGCUUCUGUCCAUCGUUGGCCAACUACUGGAAGGCGUUUCGGGCCGUUGUUUCCCCCAUGAGGUUAUAAAUCUAUAUCGCAAUUCCAAGGCAAUUGGAAAGUCAAUAGAUAUCGAUGCUCUGAAAUUAGCAUUUUCGCAGAUGAUAAAGCUUUCCAAACGGACAUUUAUCAUCCUCGAUGCUUUAGACGAGUUCCUCAAGGACACACGGGGGAGUCUCCUAUCCUGGAUCAGCGAGCUUACGGUUGAUCAUAACAUGAGAUCACUUUCCAUUAUCGUCACAAGCCGUCCCGAGGCCGAUGUAGCGAAAUCCUUAGAACCGCUUGCCACUUUUUCGAUAUCGCUACAAUCCAAUACUAUCGAUCCAGAUAUCCGGUCCUAUAUACAAAACUCCCUAAACGAUAGAGAUAGUCUCAAAGAAUUUACCAAGGGAAUUAAAAUGGAGAUAGAGGAUACACUCGUUGCUCGCUCACAAGGAAUGUAUGUUAUACUCAACUUUAAAAAUUUUAACUUACACUGACACAAGGUUGAACAUGUGAAGGUUCCGAUGGGUGGAUUGUCUUUUCCGGAUUCUACAGGAAUGCAUAACACCAAAAGCUGUGAGAACCGCCUUGCAGGAACUGCCGAAAGACUUGGAUUCCGUCUACUUGAGGAUCCUUAACUGCAUUCACGAGACGCAGAGAGAAUACAUUAGGCGGGCGAUGCAUUGGCUCGCAUUUCCAACGGAACCGCUGACAUUAGGACAGCUUGCGGAGGCCAUUGUGAUCGAAUACGAUGUCAACAAAUAUGGCGAGGAUUCGGAACCAUUUUUUAAUAUGAAAUCCCUCAUGAGAAUUGGCCCAAGCCUUAUCUCCUUCGAAGAUGCCAGGGACGACCAAUCAUCCACCCAAGAAGACUGCAGAUUACGACUGGCUCAUUUCUCGGUAAAGGAAUAUUUGAUCUCCGACCGGACAGCCCAGGGCCCCAGUACCUACUAUCAUAUUUCGGAGGAUAAAGCCAAUUUACUGAUGGCGCACGCUUGUCUCAGUCGAAUACUGCGACAUAGUGCGCAAGGUACUAUCAGGGGGAACAAAGUCGAAAAAUCCUCGUUUCUCUACCACAGUGCUCGCUAUUGGUUCGUGUAUACUAGAUCUAUUGAGGAUACGGCACCCGCCCCACUCUUCGACGCGUCGGUGAAGGUUCUCGAGCUGGGAAAGGAGUGGCUAGAUAUAUAUAACCCCGAAGACGUUUAUGGGCUUCGCAUGUACGACUCCGGGAUUUAUCCACCAGCAAUCUACUACUCCUCAUUAUUAAAUUUAGCGACGGCCUGCAAAUCCCUAGUCAAUGGAAAAGAGGAUACUGUAAACGUGAAUUCUCGGGGCAGCAAGUAUGGCAGUGCACUACAAG